AUGCUUCUCGCGAUGUACACAUCCUUUGCGCAAAAAAUGAACUGGAAAUGCAAGCUCAUUUCGAAACUCGACGAUGGCGACAGCUGCCACAGCAGCAUUCUCAAGCUCGAGGGGGACGAUCUAGCGUCCUAUCUCUCCCUGGAGAGCGGCGUUCAUCGCUUAGUCCGCAUCUCUCCCUUCGACAAAAACCAGCGUCGACACACUUCCUUUGCCUCCGUCUCCGUGUCUCCCGUUCCGGAAGCGGCUUCCUCUCUCCGCAUUCUCCCCACCGAGCUGCAGAUCGAUCGGUUUCGAUCCUCUGGGCCUGGCGGCCAGCAUGUAAACAAGACGGAGAGCGCAGUGCGCGUGACGCAUCUCCCUUCUGGGAUCGUGGCGGAAUGCCAAGCGGAGCGAAAUCAGCAUCAGAACUUGGAGAUCGCGAUGGAAAUGGUGAAGUCGAAGUUGCUGCUGCGAGAAGCGGAGAAAGAAGCGGAGAAGAAGCAAGAGGAUCAUGCUCGGAAGGAUGUGAAUGCGUGGAGCAGUCAGAUUCGAUCGUAUGUGCUGCAUCCCUAUAAAAUGGUGAAGGACCAUCGGUUUGGAGUGGAGGAGGGAGAUGUGGAGAAGAUAUUGGGUGGAGAUUUGAAGGGUUUUGUUGAGGAAAUUGCGAGAAGGAAGAUGUAUUCCGAUUUUGGGCUUUGCGUUGUUUGUUGGAUUGAGAAUAUUAUGAGGUGUGAUGUUAGCUAUUUCUAUCAAUGA